AUGAAUAACGCUCUGGAAAAGAACUCCUCCGCGGUGAGGAAGCGCAUUGAGGGCCAUGUCUUUGAUGAUGAAGAGGGGGAGGAGUAUGAAGGCAGUGAAUUCAAUGGCUUUGGCGACUAUUUUCGUCGGAAAAAGAUCAAGCUGCAGAACUUGGAUGCCGACAUGCGCGCAGCAUCUGACAAGCCUCCCAUAUUCAAAGGGGUUGUUGCUCAUGUGAACGGGUACACUCAGCCACCACUUCAAGUGCUUCAUCGCGACAUUGUGCAGCAUGGAGGUGGCUUUCUCCAGUAUCUAGACUCAAAAACUAUGGCAACGCAUAUCAUCACUGCGACUCUAACGCCAAAGAAGGCUAUCGAGUUUAGUCGAUACAGGAUUGUGAAGCCUACAUGGGUCGUCGAUUCAAUAAAAGCCGGAAAACUCUUGCCGUGGUCGGACUAUCGGGUAUUGGGUGAAAGCCCCAGCCAAAAGGUCUUGAAAUUCGAUAGCGACAGAGGACUUACACAAUCCAGUCCGACAGCCAGGCGCGGAUACAAGGAGCAGACAGAGAAUAGCUUUUAUACAAGCCAGAUAAAAGCUGAGAUGCAACGCAAUGCAGCCUCCCAGCUCCCAGCGAAAUCGCCCCUAUCUAGUCGGUGGCAAAACGACAAGUCUGGCGAGCUGUUACAGAACACAGAAGAGACUCUGGCUUCUGUGUCCAAUGAAAGCCCGACAGAUUCAUCAAAAAUACCUAAGGGUAUGACUUCGGAAGAGCAUAACGCUUGGCUUCUGUCGGAUCCGAAAAUCAGAAAAUCAUCUACUGCGAACCCCGACUUUCUGAAACAAUUCUACUCAGAGAGUCGAUUGCAUCAUUUAUCGACUUGGAAAGCAAAUCUGAAGUCAUCUAUGCAACGGUUGGCAGCUGAAAAAGGGCUGUCAAGUCGGAAGGUGAAGAGCCGGCCUGGCUCGAGGAAGUACAUUAUGCAUGUGGACUUUGACAGUUUCUUCUGCACAGUGUCAUUGAAGAGCCAUCCUGAAUAUCUCGACAAGCCAUCUGUUGUCGCUCACAGUACGGGUGCAGGUUCGGAAAUUGCAAGUUGCAAUUACGUUGCUCGGAAAUAUGGCGUUAAGAAUGGCAUGUGGAUGAAACGAGCUCUCGAGCUGUGCCCUGAUCUAAAGGUUCUGCCUUACGAUUUUCCCGCAUACGAGGAGGUGAGCCGACAAUUCUACGACGCGAUCUUGGGAGUUGGUGGUAUUGUCCAGAGUGUUAGCGUCGACGAGGCCUUGGUAGAUGCCACCGACGUCGUUCUUGCGGCCGCCGAAUCCCAUGGCAUUGGAAUUGAAGAGGGCAGUAUUUGGAGAGAACAGCAAAAGAUCGACGAGAUAGCACUGGCACUGCGCACCAAGAUCAAAGAAAACACCGACUGUGCCGUUUCUGUUGGUAUCGGCGCAAACAUUUUGCAAGCCAAGAUUGCCUUGAGGAAAGCAAAACCCGAUGGACAGUUUCAACUAAGACCAGAGCAGGUCAUGGAAGUCAUCGGCGACCUGAAGGUUGAGGAGCUACCCGGAGUAGCAUAUAGUAUCGGCGGGAAGCUAGAAGAACUAGGCGUCAAGCUUGUCAAAGAUCUCAGGGACAUCCCGAAGGAUCGUCUUGUAACGAUUCUGGGCCCCAAGACCAGUGACAAGCUUCAUGACUACGCCCGUGGCAUCGAUCGGACGGAGGUCGGAGAGCAGCCUCCGAGGAAAUCCGUAUCAGCAGAGGUCAAUUGGGGAAUCCGCUUCAUCAACCAGACAGAAGCUGAAGAAUUUGUCUACAACCUCUGCAAGGAACUGGAAAAGCGUUUGGUGAACGAGCAGGUCAAGGGAAAGCAUCUGACUGUCAAGAUCAUGAGGCGGGCUCUUGAUGCGCCUCUCGACCCAGUAAAGCAUUUAGGACAUGGGAAAUGCGACUCUUUCAACAAAAGUGCAACUUUUGGUGUUGCAACACACAACUACGAGAUUAUUGGCAAGGAAGCAGUUUCAAUACUGCGCUCGUUCAGAUUCAGUCCAGGGGAUCUUCGUGGAAUUGGCGUCCAGAUGACGAAAUUGGAGCCUAUCAAGCUGAACCCACUGGCCGUUGAGGGAAGCCAGAGAAAGAUUGCAUUUGCUCCAUUCGUUGAGCCUGUUCCUUCAAGACAGCAAUCAAGAACAGAGCUUAAUGACGUGAUCGAAGAGCCGAAUGGCUUACCGGUCAAUCCCACCACGCCUCAGAAAUCCAGAGUCGGCCAAGACGAUAAAAAGACCACUGCUCAUAUCAACGUUUCAAGCACACAAUUCGUGUUGCCUAGCAGUCCUGAUCCCGCGGUCUUGGCCGAGUUACCCAGCGAUAUUCGUACAAAGCUCAUGGCCCAGCGCCCAAAAGCCGCUGUUACGGAAAUCCAAAUGGAAGCUCCCAAGCCAAGACCCCAAAGCCCAGUGCUAGCAGAUUUACUGUCCUCUCAAGUCGAUUUGGAGGUGUUUAACGCACUUCCAGAUGAUAUGAAAGCCGAGGUAUUGGCACUUUACGGGCGAAAGCCAACUGAGCCCCUGCCACAGGGCUCACCUGACAAGCCCGAAGCAGCUCGAAGUAGGAAACCAGCAACUCCAACAAAACCCAGCGGAUCCCUACCCGUAGAGGAGGCUCAACCUGAGCAGAUCGAAGAAUUAGAUCCUGAAUUCCUUGCGGAACUUCCAGAAGACGUCAGAAGGGAAGUAAUUGCUGAUCAUCGACGGCGGCUGUUGGCGCUGCAGUCAGGAUUGGAGAUGCCAGUCCUGAGGAACAAUCAGAGCGCCAACCUGCUUCCCGGGGGUCAAAAAAUGAUACAGUUUCCUAUGCUGCCGCCGGUAAUUUCGUUUUCUGGAUCUAUCACUUCUACAUCAGAGAUCAAGGACAUGGUAGAUGCGUGGCAUGCCCAAACUAGGAAGGCAGGGCCCCACAAACGAGAUGUCGACGUUUUGGAAAGAUAUUUGGUCAAGGUAAUCAAAGAGGAAAUGGAUCUGACCAAGGCUGUUGCGUUGAUAAAAUGGCUGGGCGUUGUAGUUGAUCAGGACGGUGUAGAUAGUAGAGGCCGCCGAGCUUGGAAGCUGGCAGUGAGCGGCAUCAAAGCGGCAAUGCAAGCCGCUGUUGAGGAGAGAGGACUGGCACCACUGCAAAUAUGA